AUGUCCUCCGCCGCGUCAUCCCGAUCUCUCCAUCUCUUCUUCUGCGCUCUUCUUCUCAUCUCUCCUCUCGCCCUCGCCUCCGAGUCAGAUCACAAGUAUCAACCAGAUGAUCCUGUUACUCUUUGGGUGAACAAAGUUGGUCCUUAUAAUAAUCCCCAAGAAACGUACAACUACUACAGCCUUCCAUUUUGCCGUCCAGCUGGAAAUUCGGCACACAAAUGGGGUGGUCUUGGUGAAGUCCUGGGUGGAAAUGAACUUAUUGAUAGCUUGCUCGACAUAAAGUUCCAGAAGAAUGUAGACAAAGGUUCCAUUUGUCAGCUCGACCUCGAUGAAGCUAAGGUCAGACAGUUCAAAGAUGCCAUAGAGAACAGUUACUGGUUUGAGUUCUUCAUGGAUGACUUGCCACUAUGGGGCUUUGUUGGGGAGUUGCAUCCUGAUAAAAACAGUGACAAUGGUAAACAUGUUCUGUACACACACAAGACUAUUACAGUUAAAUAUAACAAAAAUCAGAUCAUUCAUGUUAAUCUGACUCAAGAGGGUGCCAAACCCCUCGAAGCGGGUAGAAGCGUGGAAAUGACAUACUCUGUCAAAUGGAUUGCAACUAAUGUUUCUUUUGCCCGUCGCUUUGAUGUCUACUUGGAUUAUCCUUUCUUUGAGCACCAGAUCCAUUGGUUUUCUAUUUUCAACUCUUUCAUGAUGGUCAUCUUCCUCACCGGUUUGGUCUCGAUGAUAUUAAUGCGUACCCUGAGAAAUGACUACGCUAAGUAUGCUAGAGAAGAUGAUGAUCUGGAGUCUUUGGAAAGAGAUGUCAGUGAAGAGUCUGGUUGGAAGCUUGUCCAUGGAGAUGUUUUCCGCCCUCCUCGCAAUUUGGUUAUUCUGUCAGCAGUUGUUGGGACUGGUGCUCAGCUGGCACUGCUUGUGCUUCUUGUCAUCCUAUUGGCUAUUGUUGGGAUGUUGUAUGUUGGGAGAGGAGCAAUCGUGACGACUUUCAUUGUUUGCUAUGCUCUGACGUCAUUCAUUUCUGGUUAUGUUAGUGGAGGAAUGUAUUCCCGUCAUGGCGGUAAAAGUUGGAUAAAGGCCAUGAUCCUAACGGCUUCUUUGUUCCCGUUUUUGUGCUUUGGAAUUGGGUUUAUUUUGAACACAAUUGCCAUAUUCUAUGGAUCUCUUGCUGCCAUCCCAUUCGGUACGAUAGUGGUUGUUUUCGUCAUUUGGGGUUUCAUAUCUUUCCCCCUAGCACUGCUUGGUACAGUGGUUGGUAGGAAUUGGAGUGGUGCUCCAAAUAACCCUUGCCGUGUUAAGACCAUUCCUCGGCCAAUCCCAGAGAAGAAAUGGUACCUAACACCAUCUGUGGUAUCAAUGAUGGGGGGACUACUUCCCUUUGGUAGCAUAUUCAUCGAGAUGUACUUUGUUUUCACGUCUUUCUGGAAUUACAAGGUCUACUAUGUGUAUGGCUUCAUGCUGCUUGUUUUCCUGAUUCUCAUCAUUGUAACUGUUUGUGUGACAAUUGUGGGCGCAUAUUUCUUGCUGAAUGCUGAGAACUACCAUUGGCAAUGGACCUCCUUCCUCUCUGCUGCAUCAACAGCUGUGUAUGUGUACUUGUACUCGAUCUACUACUACUACGUGAAGACUAAGAUGUCAGGCUUCUUCCAGACCAGCUUCUAUUUUGGAUACACUUUGAUGUUCUGCCUUGGCCUCGGAAUACUCUGCGGUGCUGUUGGUUAUCUAGGCUCAAACUUGUUUGUAAGGAGGAUCUACAGAAACAUCAAGUGUGACUAG